AUGGUCCAUCAACGUGUUCGUAGUUGGUCACCAAUGUCGGAAUUAGAGGCUGAGAGACCAAGUAUCUUGGAGAAGAGGAAAAAGAUGAAACAUCCGGUGGCGAUAGAAGAUAGCGUUGAGACCGCACCGAUUACUAGUUUGGAGUUGUUAGGAAAUGCGAAGAUGAGAAAUCCAGACAUCUUCGAAGGUGGUCAAACUAGUUCCGCCAAUGGAAUUGGUAGUGCGGAUAUAUUUUGA